GGUGUGCGGCCGGUGCCGGGUGUGCUGCCCUGCUGCGCUGCUGCUGCCCUGCUGCUGCUGCCGCUGCCCGGCCGCCGGCCGGCCGGACGGACGUAGUGCUGCCUGCUCGCCGCCCGCUCGCCCGCCGCCAGCCCGCGGCGGGUCCGAGGCGAGAGGCGGGAGCGCCAUGGGAGAGACGGGCGCCGGGAGAGGUGCGGGGCGCGCGCUGGGCGCCCUCCUGCCGCGCGCCGCCCGCCGCCUCCCCGAGGGCCGCCCGCGCCCCCCCGGCCCCCCCGGCACGAAGCGGGCGCACCCCGAGUACAGCUCGUCGGACAGCGAGGAGCUGGACGAGGCCGUCGAGGUGGAGAAGGAGAGCGCGGACGAGAACGGGAACCUGAGCUCGGCCGCGGGCUCCAUGUCUCCCUCCACCACCUCUCAGAUCCUGGCCAGGAAGAGGCGCCGAGGGAUCAUCGAGAAACGCCGCCGCGAUCGCAUCAACAACAGCCUGUCCGAGCUGAGGAGGCUGGUGCCCAGCGCCUUUGAGAAGCAGGGAUCAGCCAAGCUGGAAAAAGCAGAGAUUCUGCAGAUGACUGUUGAUCAUCUGAAAAUGCUGCAUACGGCAGGAGGGAAAGGUUAUUUUGAUGCUCAUGCUCUGGCCAUGGAUUAUCGGAGUCUAGGGUUCCGGGAGUGCCUGGCUGAGGUGGCUCGAUACCUCAGCAUCAUAGAGGGUCUGGAUGCCUCUGAUCCUCUGCGGGUCCGGCUUGUGUCUCAUCUCAAUAACUAUGCCUCUCAACGGGAAGCAGCCAGCAGUGCACACACUGGCAUCGGACACAUUCCUUGGGGCAAUGCCUUUGGACAUCACCCUCACAUAUCUCACCCGUUGCUGCUGGCUCAAAAUGGGCACGGUAAUACCAGUACUACGGCAUCAUCCACAGAACCGCAUCACCAGACCAGAAUUGCUGCCCCCCGUGCUGAAACUUCCUCACUCAGAGUGCCCCCAAAUGGCAGCGUUGGACCAGUGCUCCCUGUGGUCACGUCUACUACCAAACUGUCUCCUCCUCUUCUCUCCUCCAUGGCAUCCCUGUCUGCAUUCCCUUUUUCGUUUGGCUCCUUCCAUCUGCUGUCCCCCAACAUGCUGAGCCCAUCUACACCAACGCAGUCAGCAGCCCUUGGCAAACCAUACAGACCCUGGGGGACUGAGAUUGGAGCCUUCUAAGAACUAACUCUUUAGUAAGGGUGGGGAAGCCUACAAACCCAGCUGAGCUGGGUUUCGCCACACUUAAAGUUCAAGUUCUUAAUAACUGGGACAAAGGUACAGCUUCACCUUACCUAAGUUUGUCUAAAAACUGUCUCUUUGGAUUUUUCUUUUUGUUUUCCACAUUUUUGUAUUAGCAGUUUUUUUAAAAUAGUUGCUGAAGUUGUCCAAAAAUAAAGUUACACUAGUGGUUGUUAACACUUGUCUUAGAUCUGUGCUGAGCAUUUAAAUCAGUUUUGUGAACAGUUUGUUUCAAAUGUUUAAUUUUUCCUGAGUACGUCAGACCGUCUUCUUAUGAAGAGAUAUCACCUGUUACUGGCCUAAUUUUAGUUACUGUUUUGUUUUUUUUUUGUUUUUUUUCCAAAAGCACUCUUCUCAGCAUUAACAAUCUGUGGGGUUUUUUUUUAGUGUUUUGACACUGAGAUGUUCUAUAAAGAAUUACUCUUUUCGUAAA